AUUUAUAUCAGGUUUUAAAUCAUUUAGAGAUGGGCUAUUACCUUUAUGUGGAACAUCCGAGUUUAUACCACAGUCAUGGUUUGUUGGGCCGAGUGGUGAAAAUUCUGAAAUAUUAAAUGAAUUAGUUUUAAUUGCGUUAAAACAUACAAUAGAUGCUAGAAAAGAAUUUAAUACAAAGGAUGAUAAUAAAAUCAUUGAUGAAAAUUUUAGAAAUGGUGAAAUUUAUAAAAAUGCCAUUGAUGAAAUGAAAAAAAAAACAGAGUCAAUAUGUUGUUUUUUGAAGAAAUCUGUUCCUUUUUCAUCUUUGAGGUAUCAAGGUCAUAUGAAUUCAGAUGUAUUAAUACCUGGUAUAGUUGGUUUCAUUUCUGCAAUGAUUUAUAAUCAAAAUAAUUGUUGCUAUAAGGGUAGCCCAACUACAUCCUAUAUUGAAAAAGCUGUAGUUAACGAUUUGAACCGUAUGGUGGGAUUUCGCUUUGGUGAUAAAAUUGAUAUGUUACUUUCUAAAAAAGAGAGAUUGAAAAAAGAAAAAAAUCUAAUAACACCUUUUGGACAUAUUGCAUCUGGAGGAACAAUUUCUAAUUGUGAAGCAUUAUGGAGCUCAUUUUGGGUUAAGUUUAUACCAUUGGCACUUAAAGAGGCAAUAAAGAAUGAGAGUAUAUUAAAAAAUGCAGAGUUAGUUAAUGUUUUAUUACCAAAUGGUUCAAAAAGGAAAUUACUUACCUUGGACGCUUGGAGUACAGUUAAUAUUAGUUGUGAUGAAUGUGUAAGGCUGCCAUAUAAGGUUGCAUACAAGUAUAAUGUUGAUCAUUCAUUAGUUAUGAGUCUUUUAAAGAAAUACCAUCCAUCCGAUAUGGGUUUGGUUGAUUUUUUUAACACACAUGGUUUGAGAUCUCCCGUGUUUUUAGCUCCAAUUACAUGCCACUAUUCAAUUCCUAAAUCAAUUGCCCUUCUUGGUUUAGGUUUUAAAUCAUUAAUAACAAUUGCUGUUGAUAAUAAUACCAGAAUGGAUUUAGAUUGUUUAGAAAAUACUUUGGAAACCUGUAUUGCUAACAAAACACCUGUUAUAAAUGUUGUUCCUAUACUAGGUACAACUGAAGAAAGUUCAGUUGAUGAUCUUGAAGGUAUAGUUGGAAUUAAAAAGAAAAUGAAUAACCUGUAUAAUUUUGAUUUUUCUAUUCACUGUGAUGGAGCAUUUGGUUGUUACUUUGCCUCUUGUAUAAGAAAAGAUUACCCAAUUGAUGACCCAGAAACAGAUGUAAUAAGCCCAAGCAACUGUCAUCUCGAUUACAAAGUAGAACCAUAUGAUGAUUUUAAUAAACUUGACCCACAGAAUUAUUUAAGCGACUAUUUGAUCAGACAAUUAAAAGCAUUACCUUUAGUCGAUACCAUAGUUGCAGACCCACAUAAAACAGGCUACAUCCAGUAUCCCGCUGGUGCUAUUCUUUAUAGAAAUGGAAAGUUUAAAGAUGUUCUUUCUUAUAGGGGCUCUUAUAUUAUGGAGAGUAGUGAGCAAAACAUAAACACUGGGGUUUAUUGUAUUGAGGGUUCUAGACCGGGAGCUGCUGCAGCAGCAGUUUACCUCGCUCAUUCUGUGGUUAGAACAAGUAAGAGCGGAUAUGGAAUGAUUUUGAAAAACAGCAUGCUUAAUUCUAAAAUAUUCUAUCUUCAUUUGGUAUGGUUGGCUUCGUCUAAUGAUGGCUUUAUAGUUACAACUGUAAAUAAACCGGAUGAAGAGUUAUUAAAAAAGAUUAAAGAGAGAAUCUUUAGGGAGGGAGAGUUUAUUGAUACUGAUGAAAUUGCACAGGAUUCUGAACUUGUAAAGCUUUUGUCAAAUGUAGGAGCUGAUCUGAAUGUGCUUGCGUAUACCUUUAAUUUUAGAAAUAAAGAUGGAACCAUAAACGAUGAUUAUGAUAGCUUCAUAGCAUUUAAUAAAAAGAUAAAUGAUCGUUUUGACUACUCCCCCGAACAGAAUCUAGAAGAAUUUGACUUUGUUGUUAGCUCUACAUCUUUUGGACCUUCAUACGGAACAACUGCUAUAAAUCUGAUGAAACGUUGUGGUAUUGAUAAAUUCCCAGAUGAUUUUGAAGUACCUUUAGUUCGUUCUGCUAUUAUGGAUAUCUUUUCUUCACAAUCAAUAAAAAACUCAGUAUUCACUAAAAUAAUGAAUAUAUUGAAGAGUGAACUAAAUAGAUUUUCUAAAGAAAUGACUAAUUAUUAAUUACAUAUUAAUAGUUUAUGAAAAGAAAUAAAAAAUUUAAAAUUUAAAAUUAAUAUUUAAUUUUAAAAAAAAUAAAAUUU